GCAGGCCGUUUCCCUGCCAGCUCCUGCUAAGCCCCGCCCCUCCACCGCAGCCCUAUGUCGUCAUUUCCUGUGGGUCUGCAGGCAAAGGGAGAAGAUGGCGGCGCUGGGGGAACCUGUGCGGCUGGAGAGGGAUAUUUGUAGAGCGAUUGAAUUGUUGGAAAAACUGCAAAGGAGUGGAGAGGUCCCACCACAGAAACUUCAGGCUUUACAAAGAGUCCUUCAAAGUGAAUUCUGCAAUGCUGUAAGAGAGGUAUAUGAACAUGUCUAUGAGACUGUGGACAUCAGUAGCAGUCCUGAAGUGAGAGCUAAUGCAACUGCAAAGGCUACUGUCGCUGCAUUUGCUGCCAGCGAAGGACAUUCUCAUCCUCGAGUUGUUGAACUACCAAAAACAGAAGAAGGCCUUGGAUUCAAUAUUAUGGGAGGCAAAGAACAAAACUCUCCAAUCUAUAUCUCUCGAAUAAUUCCAGGUGGAAUUGCUGAUAGACAUGGGGGUCUCAAGCGAGGAGAUCAACUUCUUUCUGUUAAUGGAGUGAGUGUUGAAGGAGAACAUCACGAAAAAGCUGUGGAACUGCUGAAAGCAGCUCAAGGAAAGGUUAAGUUAGUAGUACGGUACACACCCAAGGUCCUCGAAGAGAUGGAGUCGCGCUUUGAAAAAAUGAGGUCAGCAAAACGCAGGCAACAGACCUAAUGCAAUUCAGAACUUUAUAUUCCAUUUUGCUUUUAGCUAGAAAAGUUUUACUUGUGACCUACUGAUGGCCACAGUGCCAACGAUUGUAAAAAACAAACAGAAACUUCCCAUGAGAUCCUCCUUGCCAUUUUAUAAACACCUAUUUUAACAUCGUUUAUGGUUCCAGAGAUGCAUACACUUUUUUCUGACAAGAAAAAGUGAAAGGUGAUGAGGGCAAUUCUGUCCUGCUGUUUUUACAGGCCUUUUUCAAAUGCAGAUUUUGUCAUAAAGUUGUUAUAGAUUUUUAAAACUGCUUUUUUAAUAUUAAAAUGUACUUUUACAUUCUCAAUCUUUUUUUAGAAAAAAAAGUUUUCUUCAUUUGGCUGCUUAUUUAAAAAUAACAAUUCUCCAAUUCUUUUUUUGCUUACUCUAUUUUUUUUAACCUGUAAAAUUUCUUUACGGUUUUCCAAGAAAUUAAACAUAACAGUCUCAGCUACAGCAGUUCAUUACACUAUCAGUGUUAACACCACUGCUGCAUUUUGUACUUUGAACACAUGCAUAAUAUAUAUAAUCAAUGGUAAAUCAUAACUCAACAGUGGAAAUUUUUUACUUUUAUUUAAACAUAAUGUAUAAUGAAUAUUCAUUUAUACUGAUUUAUAAAAGUUUUUAAACACUGAAACAAUCAUUGCUAAAAUAUAUAUUCUUUCAUAAUAUUUGAGCAGUGAGGCAAGAGGAUGUGAUUUGAUUGUUGGCAUUACUGAUCAUAUCUUUUUAUGUUCAACAAUAUAUCAUAAAUUACAAAUGCAAAAACAGGUUCAGGUUUUUCAUUUUUUUGCAAAUUUUUUUAAUGCUAUUCAUUCUUAUUUAAAUAUAUUUCUUAUAUUUUGGUUUUUCCAUUCCUAGGGAUGAGCCAGUUAGAUUGUGUUGGGAAGUAGCAGAAGCAAAGACGGAAAAGUAAUACCUUUAACCUCACUAGCCUCAAGAGUUACACACUCUUUACUAGCUCACCUUAAAGAGUUGAUUUUAGAUAGGAAGAAGAUAGAAGGAUAUACUUAAAAUAUAGAGAAAUUAUGAGGCGAUAUAUUCAUAAGAAUCUGCAGGCUCUUAGUCAAAAUGAGUAGGAACUCAUUCAUAUUGAAAUGGUUGAAUUUAGAGAUGUGAUCUUUGAAAUGAUGGGAAUUCUGAGAGAUACUUUCAUUCGUCCACUGGAUGUCACUCUUACUGAAAGGCAGCUACUAGUGUAGGACUAUGACUGAGGUCUUUUUAAAGGUGGAAAUUAAGAGUUGAGGUUCAUUUUCAGUCACAAUUUACAGGAACAUUUGUACAAUUUUUAAGAAUUUUAUGUGACAGAUGCUAAAAAGAAGAUAAUGGGUUGAAAUAUAUAAGGAAUUUAGCCUAAUUACUGACCCUGUGUAAAAAGUGGGCAUUUUGUAACAUUCCUUCAGGAAGAAUAGAAAUGUAUACCUUUUCCUGCAUGUUUGUGAGCACUGUGAGUCUUACAAGAUUAUUCCAGUUUUCAAUGAUUUUCAGAAUAAAAGUCAAUCAACAUUGUUAUUUAUCAUUUAGGUAUUGAACACUGGAUUGCAUGGUCGAAUGUGUCUUUAGUCCAUUACAAAACGUGCUUGUAUUGGUAGGAUCAUGUGUUAAAUUGUGUAUUUUCAAAAUUAAUUGAUGUUUUUAAAAUGUUGAGACCAAAGUAGAGUAGAAUAAUGAAUUUAUUUUAAUUUAAUUGUAAAGUUAUUAGAGGUAUUUGUUGUAGAGCUUUACAUAUUAAAGAGAGAUAUUGGUGCAUAUAAAAACAGUAAUAUUAUUAUGCUCGUAUUCUUGCAUUACAGGGUAAGUAAAUCCUGAUGAAAUGUUAUUUUUAGUAUAGCUACAGCUGUAGUAGCUUGCAAGGGCGUGUCAACAUUUCAUUAUAAAUUAUAGCUUCCUGGUUCAGUAUCUCCGCUGUUUCAGAACUUUCAGCCAAGUUCAGUCUUUUUUGGUGUUGAAACUUAGUAAGUUGAGUAAGCUAUUUUUUUUCUCUUCUACAGUAAUCCACAAUCUGUUCUUUGUGUGGGUUGGCACUUAUUUAUAAUUCUUAAAAUAAGGAUAGCUUAAAGGAGCCAAAUACAGUAGUUUGCUUGCUACUGUUGAGCAUGAGUAGCAGUAGUUUGUUUUCGUUAAUGCAGUUUUCAGAGUGUAUCCCAGAAUUUUAAAUCUCGACCAUAGAAAAAUUUGGUCAUUUGGUGGCAGAGAUGUACAGUACUGGUCUCGUAUAUAGUGAGGAGAUGAAGGGAGUUGUCAUCUUAUAAAUAAAUGUAUGACUCAUGAACAUAACUAGGCACAUAGUAAGUAUAUAAUAGGUGUUUGAUUUGUAAAUUAUAAACUACUCAAUUUCCAUUUAUUUCCUUGGUAUUUCAAAAUGGUUUGAGUCAGUGAUUCUCAGCCUUAGCCACACGUUAGAACCCCUGCAGAGCUUUAAAAACUAUUAGUAUAUGAGUCCCAUUCUGUAUCAAGUUAGAUGAGAAUCUCUGAGGGUGGGGCCAGAUACUUAUUUUUUUAAAGCUUUCCAGUUGGUUCUAAAGGACAUCUGGGUAGAGAACCACUUGUUUUCCCCUUUAUAAAAUGCUCUAAUCACACUGCUGUCGUGAACUUAAAUUCUAAUGGGAAAAACACAGUUAAGUGCAUAAUAUAUUUGGAAGUAUCAGAAUAGAAAGAAUUUACAGUUACUGACUGUUAAGUAGUGGCAAAUAUAAUAAUCGGUUAUCUUUUUUAGUAAUUUCUUUAGGAAUAAAAGGUACUUGGCAUUCAUUAUUUGGGAAGUGAUUAUAGUUUACCUUUUAUCUUUUUUUUUUUUUUAAUCUGCCAGUAGUUUAAAUGUAAGAUUUUAAUGUCUGUCAUCUUUCUGCCCCCUUUGCAUUUAAAACUUACAGAAAUGAAUGUGUAUUAGUUCAGAAAGCAUGUUUAAAAACUGCAGAUGAGAAAUACUGUCAUUGGUUAUUAUGUGCUGUUUUAAUAUGGCCACUUUAUCCAUUAGUAUACUAGAUUAUAAUGGCCUAGUUCUUUGGAGGUUGAGAAUUCAGAUGUGUUUUUAAAAUCAUUGUCUUCCUCUACUAAAUUUUUUAGUUAUUUUGUUCAAGUACUUAAGUAGUUUGGCUCAAGUACUUUGUUUACAAUUAAAAUGGAUAUUAUAGCAUUUAGUAGAAGAAAUGGCUAUGGCUUAUCUGAAAAGAAUGUCAGCAUGACUUGGUGUAGACUUAAAAGAAUACAUGUUGUGAAUAUUUUAUAAUGUGGAAUGAUCACUGAAAUAUCAAGGACUCUGGUAUUGUAUUUCCUGAAUAAAUGUAUGUUUAUGACUUUUCUAACUUA